GAGCGUUUCUCCGCAAAUGAAGGGACAAAAGUGGGUUGGGUCAGAGGUCUAUCGAGUACCAGACAUACAUAGCUCACUUCCUUCCUUCCUUAAAAUCUCCACCCAGUCACUACUAACUAGCCCACUUGGUUCCGCGUGUUCAACGGUCUUCAAAACCCUUCAUUGUCUGUUUGGAUCUGUCCUUAACACUACUAACCAGGAACAAGACUGAGUGAGAGAGAGGGGCUUACAUUGAACAAUCAAUCAAUCAAUCACAGUUUUGCAGAGAUUGCUGCUACGAUGCCUGAGUCCCGAGAAGCAUCGAAUUAUGAUGAGGCAUCUAUGGAACAAAGCAUGCUCUUCUCUGAUGGUCUUAAGGACUUGAGGAAUCUGCGAACGCAGUUGUAUUCAGCAGCUGAGUACUUCGAACUAUCUUACACAACCGACGAUAAAAGACAGAUAGUUGUAGAGACGCUGAAAGAUUACGCGGUGAAGGCUCUGGUGAAUACAGUUGACCAUCUAGGCUCCAUCACCUAUAAAGUCAACGACUUCAUCGAUGAAAAGGUGGAUGAAGUAGCAGAGACCGAACUAAGAGUAUCUUGCAUCGAACAGAGGCUAAGGAUGUGCCAAGAGUAUAUGGAUCACGAAGGACGUUCACAGCAAUCACUUGUAAUCGACACUCCAAAGUUCCAUAAACGAUACAUCUUGCCAGCUGGUGAAACUAUAAAGACUACUAAUCUUGAAAAGCUUAAGUACUUUGGAAGCAGCUUAGAGGAUGCAGAUGACUGGAACCAGUUCCGAAACGCUGUGCGUGCUACAAUCCGGGAAACACCUCCUCCUCCUCCACCACCACCGGUUAGAAAAUCAACAUCUCAGGCUUCAUCUCCACGGCAACCACCUCAGAGAUCAGCAACCUUUUCGUUUACGUCCACCGUUCAGAAGAAAGAACAAGAUAAGAGAUCAGUGUCACCGCAUCGGUUUCCGCUACUAAGAUCGGGUUCAAUGGCUACCAGGAAGUCAGCUUCAAUCAGCCGGUCAACUACACCAAGCAAGAGCAGAUCUAUAACUCCUAUAAGGUACCCAUCAGAACCAAGAAGAUCAGCUUCGGUUCGGGUCGGGUUCGAGAAAGAAAACCAGAAAGAAACAGAGCAGCAGCAGCAGCAACCGAGUAAGAGCAAACGACUGCUUAAGGCUUUGCUUAGUCGACGCAAAACCAAGAAAGACGACACUCUCUACACUUUCUUGGACGAAUACUGAACGAGUUUUAUUUGUGGAACCGGUUCUCUUAACCGGAAAAUUGUCAAUUUCCGUUUUUCUAUUUAAUUAAUAAAAAUAUAUAUUAUAGAAAAAUAUAUCUAUUUUUAUGUUGUUGCGAAAAUCGAUUUAUGUAAACCUCACUAUUGUAAUUGUUAAAUGUGAAUGCCGUUUCUAUGAUUUUUUUUUUUAAA